UUCUAUCACGGAGUGCUGUGCAGUCACAGCACGUGCGGUCAAAUGGCUGAAAUCCUUAUAAUCCUGUGCUCCAUAGACUCACUCACUCGUUCUUCCCACUCAACUCUCUCUCUCCAUCCACCAGAGAGACUUUGCUUUUCAACCUUGCGUUACUCCACAAACAUGUCCUCAGACGUGCAGCUCUGCGAUGAAGUGGACCGAGUAAGCAGCAGCCACCACGGAACGCGGGACACGGAAGGGGUGAUGACCAGGAGAACUUGAAGGCAGAACGCUCCAUGAUGGUACGAGAAGAAGGUUUCACGCCUGCUACGCUGAUCCAAAUCAUUACGUUCAGAUGCAUUGACAAGAUCUAAGGACUUGCAAACGGAGGAUUCCGGCCGACUGAAGAAUCACGUCACGAGACCCGGCGAGAUGGAUGGGAUCAACUUCACCUACUGGAAUGCCUCCGACGGCAACGAGACCGAGCCCACCGCCACCCUCCAGAGCCCCUACAAGACGGUGGAGGUGGUGUUCAUCGUGCUGGUGGCUGGCUCCCUCAGCCUGGUGACCGUCAUUGGGAACAUCUUGGUGAUGCUCUCCAUCAAGGUCAACCGGAGCCUGCAGACUGUCAACAACUACUUCCUGUUUAGCCUCGCUUGUGCAGACCUCAUCAUUGGCCUGUGCUCCAUGAACUUGUACACGGUGUACAUCGUGAUCGGCUACUGGCCGCUGGGGCCCGUGGUGUGUGACCUAUGGCUGGCGCUGGACUAUGUUGUGAGCAACGCGUCUGUUAUGAACCUGCUCAUCAUCAGCUUUGACCGGUACUUCUGUGUCACCAAGCCCCUCAGCUACCCCAUCAAGCGCACCACCAAGAUGGCAGGCAUGAUGAUCGCCGCCGCCUGGGUGCUGUCCUUCAUCCUGUGGGCACCGGCCAUCCUCUUCUGGCAGUUCAUCGUGGGCGGCCGGACGGUGCCCGACAAGGAGUGCUACAUCCAGUUCUUCUCCAACGCAGCGGUCACCUUCGGCACGGCCAUCGCCGCCUUCUACCUGCCGGUCAUCAUCAUGAUAGUGCUCUACUGGAGGAUCUCUAGGGCCAGCAAGAGCCGCGUCAAGAAGGACACCCGCAAGCCGUCGCAGGCCAACCCGGCCGCCGUGUCGCCCAGUCAGGUGCGCGGGCACGUGGCCAAGCCCACCAACAACAACGUGACCGGGGGCGGGGAGGAGGGCCCCAACCGCGGCCAGACGCAGUCCACCGAGGACGUGGCCAACCAGCACGACGGCAAGCUCCAAAACGGGAAAGGCCCGUCCAGCGCGGUCUGCGACGGCGAGGCGGACGGCGACGAGGCCCCUAAGGACAACGGCAUCCCCGGCGAGGAGAAGGACAGCUCCAACGACUCCAGCUCCGGCAGCGCGGCCGCCCACAACCAGAAGGAGGAGGACGGCGCCGCCACAGCGGCAGCGGCCUCCACGGACGGCUGCAGCGGAGCGGCCGAGGCCAGCCAGCCGGUCACCCGGCACCGAGCCAAGGCUGGCGGCUCCAAGCUCACCUGCAUCAAGAUCGUCACCAAGUCGCCCAAGGGCGACUGCUACACGCCCUCCAACACCACGGUGGAGAUCGUCCCCAGCACCGAGAAGCAGGACCAUGUGGCGCGCAAGAUCGUCAAGAUGACCAAGCAGGCCCCAAAGAAGAAAAAGGGCCCGCCGUCCCGCGAGAAAAAGGUCACGCGCACCAUCAUGGCCAUCCUGGUGGCGUUCGUGGCCACGUGGACGCCCUACAACGUCAUGGUGCUCAUCAACACCUUCUGCGGCAGCUGCAUCCCCAACACCGUCUGGACGAUCGGCUACUGGCUCUGCUACAUCAACAGCACAAUCAACCCGGCGUGCUACGCCCUGUGCAAUGCCACCUUCAAAAAGACUUUCAAACACCUCCUUCUCUGCCAGUACAAAAACAUCAGAUCGGCUAGAUGAACAGAUGUCUGCGUGUCUGGGGUGUCAUGCAUGAUUUAUGUGUACCGUCUGAGUGUGUGUGUGUGUGUGUGUGUGUGUGUGUGUGUGGGUGUGUGUCUGU